GAAGAAAUAGAAGAUUUAAAAUGGGAGGUAACACAUGAAGACUCUGCUGUAGAAUUUCUGAAUGCCAAUCUAACAUGGCCGAUUGUAUCCAACCCUCUUUUAAAUGACAAUGAAGAGUAUGGUAUAGAACAUCAUGGAACCAAAUGGAAGUUGUGUUAAGAUUAAUUUCCCAUUAGAAGAAACAAGACUAACUUCAGACAGUCAACAAGAAAAUAUUCUACAAGAUAUUACAUUUACUCUAAAGAAGGGUAAAACAGUUGGUAUUUGUGGUAGUGUUGGAUGUGGUAAAUCAUCUUUUAUUUCGGCUAUACUAAAUCGUAUGGAUAUAGUAUCUGGAACUGUAGCUGUUAAAGGAAGUAUAGCAUAUGUACCACAACAGGCAUGGAUUAUGAAUUCUACAGCCCGUGAAAAUAUCUUGUUUGGUUUUCCUUAUGAUAAAGACAAAUAUGAUGAAGUUGUAUCAGCUUGUUGUUUAAAGGAUGAUUUUGAUUCCUUUGUAUCUGGUGAUAUGACAGAGAUUGGAGAACGUGGUAUGAAUUUGAGUGGUGGACAGAAGCAGAGAAUAAGUUUAGCUAGAGCUGUUUAUAGUGAGAAAGAUAUAAUAUUAUUAGAUGAUCCACUCUCAGCUGUAGAUAUACAUGUUGGUCAACAUAUUUUUACUCAAUGUCUACAAAAACUACUAAAAAAUAAAACAGUUGUCUUUGUUACACAUCAGUUACAGUAUUUACCAGAAUGUGAUGAAGUCAUAUAUCUACGUGAUGGUCAGAUAGCUGGAAUUGGUAAACAUGAGGAUCUAAUGACAGCUGAAGGAGAAUACUAUAGCCUAGUUAAUCUAUUUAACACUGAACAGACAGGCGAACUAGAUAAACUAGAUGAACAAAUUGAAAUAGAAAUCAAUGGUGAUAUCAGACCCCGUUUGGUAUCUGUUUCUAAAGAUAUGAAUCACGAUUCCAACAUGCCACCAUUAGUACUACAAAGGACAAUGUCUACUGUAUCUCAAGCUGAAGAUGGUGUACAAAAUGGGAAAAAGUUAGAAAGACAGUUCAGUGCAAUGUCUGUCACUAGUGAAAUUGAUGAUGAUGGUAAACUUAUAAUGACAGAGGAGUCUGAUAUAGGAAGUGUUAACUGGUCGGUAUUUACAGAAUAUUUUCGAGCAAUGGGUGGAUAUAUCCUUUGUUUUCUGGUAUUUUUAAUCUUUGUGGGAUCAGUUAUGUCAACUGCUCUUACUAACUGGUAUUUAUCAUAUUGGUUAAACCAGGGCUCAGGGAAUACGACUGUAACUGUUGGUAAUGUAACUAUGAUCAGUAAGAAUAUUACAGAUCAUCCUAAGAAAGAUAUGUAUAUGAUCAUAUAUAGUAUGUUUAUUAUAGUCAUGGCUGCCUUAUUAGCUUUUAGAACGUUUAUCUUUAUGAAGGUAACAUUGAAAGCUUCCAGUAAACUCCAUGAUAAUGUAUUUUUAAAGAUUUUUUCCUGCCCUAUGUCAUUUUUUGAUACAACUCCAGUUGGAAGAAUAAUAAACCGAUUCUCAGCUGAUAUGGAUGAAAUUGAUAUUCGUCUACCAAUGAGUGCUGAAGUAUUUAUGAACAAUAUUUUAUCUAUAAUAUUCUCGCUGGGAAUGAUAGCCUUUGUUUCACCCUGGUUUUUAUUAGCCUUGGUACCCUUAGGUGCAUUUUUUGUGUUUUUAUAUAAAUUGUUUGUAAAGUGUGUGCGUGAAUUAAAAAGAGAAGACAGUAUAACACGUUCCCCAUUAAUCAGCCAUUUAACUGCUACUAUUCAAGGAAUAAUGACAAUAAAAGCCUAUAAUAAAGAUGAAGAAUUUUUAAAAAAAUUUCGUAAACUAUUAGAUUUAAAUUCUGUGCCGUAUUUGAUAUUUUAUCUUUCUAAUCGUUGGUUGGCAUUACGAUUAGAUCUUAUUACGAUGUCUGUCAACGCCUUAACAGGUCUCCUUAUUAUAUUAACAUUUGAUAGCAUGACACCUGCUAUGGCUGGUUUAGCACUUUCAUUUGCUGUGCAGAUGACUGGAUUGUUUCAGUUUACUAUUAGGUUAGCUGUUGAUACAGAAUCUCGUUUUACAUCAGUUCAAAGAAUCUUAGAUUAUUCACAGAAUCAAGUUACAGAGACUACUGCUAAUAUCAGCGAUAAACAACCAUCCAGCGAUUGGCCGAAAUAUGGUCAGAUAUCUUUUAACCGUCUUAGGAUGCGAUAUAGAGAGGGUUUACCACUGGCGCUAAAGGGUAUAACUUUUGAUGUUAAACCUCAGGAAAAGAUAGGAAUUGUCGGACGAUCAGGCUCUGGUAAAUCUUCUCUUGGUAUGGUUUUAUUUCGCCUAGUAGAAGCAGCAUCAGGCUCAAUUAUUAUUGAUUCAUUUGAUAUUAGUAAAGUUAGUCUGGAGAUUUUAAGAUCCCGCUUGUCAAUUAUUCCUCAAGACCCAGUUUUAUUUGUGGGUACAAUAAGAUACAAUUUAGAUCCAUUUGGUAACCAUAGUGAUAAGGAAUUGUGGGAAGUGUUAGAAAAAUGUCAUGUGAAAGAAACAAUAGUAAAUUUAGACCAACAAUUAGAUGCUAUGGUGAUAGAAAAUGGAGAAAAUUUUUCUGUGGGAGAAAGACAGUUAAUGUGUAUGGCUAGAGCUCUUCUUAGACACAGUAAAAUAUUAAUAUUAGAUGAAGCUACAGCUGCUAUUGAUACAGAGAAAGAUGCUUUAAUACAAACAACUAUAAAAGAAGCGUUUGCUGAUUGUACAAUGCUAACUAUAGCACAUAGAUUAAACACAGUAUUAUCAUGUGAUCGUAUAUUAGUUAUAGAAGAUGGCAAGGUGGCUGAGUAUGACAAGCCGUCUGUUCUAAUGUCAAGACCAGAUUCCAAGUUUAAAACUAUGUUAGAAGCUACAGAAAAACAGCAAACAAUGUAAUAAUAUGAUACUUCUCAUUACCUGAAGCUUAUUUCAUUAUAGUACAACUAUAAAGCAAUAUCUGCCUUUCUGCUAUAAAGUUAUGUAAAGCACUAAAAAAUAACAUUCUGAUUGAAUUUCCUUUCUGCAAGCCUAGGAGCUGCUAUGAGUGUCUUGACAUCGUAGGCCUUUGAAACUCUGUCUGAUCAGGCAUCGAUAUUUCCGCGCACAUGCGCACGGCGUGCGCAGGCACAUUUGCUUUAAAAAAAAUUUUGCAGGCACAUUUUUAAAGAUGUAGCCACGCCGGGCGGCGCCUGCGCCCGGCACUAUUUUUUGCCGCCCAGCACAAAGAAAAAAUCGAAGAAAGUCGCCCAGUCGUAUUUAAACCCCUUCGUCCUUCUCUGUACACAAACUCGACGCUCGAAAUUUACCACGGCAAUUAAACGGCAAAGCCAUGGUAAAAGUAAAAGCCGACGUACGCAAACCAUGUCUGUCACGGCAUAAUUUAUUUUUGUGUGCCGUAGUAGACCCUAUCAUCCCAAAUUAGUUUAAAGAAAGAUGUAUUGGUAUUUUGUUUAUUUAUACUUAGAAGAUGUGUAGGCCUAGGUAUAUUCAUUUUACAAUUAUUCUACGGUCUUUAUAAUAUUUGUUUAUUUGCCGUAAAUAGGUCACCCAGAUCAAUUUACGGCACUCCAAUGUUACAGGUUUGAAUGUCGUAAUUGUCCAACACGUGCCUGCAAAUUUUCAUGAUGUUUCUUAUUUUAUUUCUUACCUGUGUUGACCGUGGAUUUGCUACGGCCCGAGAGUAGGACUAGGAGGACGAUGAGAGCUUUCUCAGUUUCUGCCUGACCUGAUUUUCAUUCCACCGUAAUAAUAAUAAUAUUUGUGAGACACGUACAACAAGUUUACAAACAAGUCAAAUAAUACAGCGUGUUUUAAUUAUCAAUAUCUACCUGUUGUCAUAAUUCGUUGUACUCAAAUAAAACACAAACACCGUUUUAAGAAUCGUUUUAAUUUUUAAUCUCAAAGUAAUAAAGUAAUAUUUGAAAAAAAACAACCCAACAAAACAACAAAUACCUAAAGGUCCUCAACUAUCCAGAGAAACAGAGUGGGGCGGGACAAUUUUAUGCUCGGUCGGGUGGUGUCAAAAAGUUUUUAGAUCCCUGUAUCAUUGAUGAAAAUUAAGUGAAUUUGGUAAAAUUUGAAUAUAUAAAUGGAAAUUUGAUUUCCACUGAACCAAAUACAAAAGGCAGCAGAUGCUCUGAAAAUACACCAAGAAGGGUUUAAUUUUCAUAAAAGACCACGCCCCCCUCCCAAAAAUUUUUUUGACUCGCUCCGCUCCCCAGAUAUAUUUAUACACCACUCACCAAAUCAUGGCUACAUCCCUGUCUUUCAGUAUGACCCUGCAGGUACAUUUUCAAGUGUGUGCGCAGGCACACUCAACUUUUAUAGAGCCCUGUGUCUGAUUGGCUACGGAUCAUUAAAAGCCAAUCAAACCUUGAGAUUGAUUGUUGUUAAUGAUAUUUUUCAUCUUGGUUGCAUGUCAGAAAAUCCCUAUGUAUUCAUUUUAACAUAUGCAAUGCCUACGAUCAUUCAGUUAAUUACAUUUUAUACAAUUAUGUAACAGUGAAGUUUGAAUGUUUUUGUUAUGUUUUCAUGUUUUGGAGAUUGAAUGAGAAAUAAUUCUAUAUUUUACAUAAAAAGAUUAGUUUUAUCCACAGAAUAUAUUUUUAUAAUUUAUCAAACUGCUACAAAGUUCAUGCAAAUUAUUUUAUUGGUUUCACAACAUAGACUUGGGCACAUGAUAAUUUCGCUUUUAAAAUUGUGUUUUAUUGUUUAGCAUCUUAUGCUGAAAUGUAGGUUUCGGCCACAGAGCUUUCAACCCUAAUCCUGAGAGUAACUGGUUAACUCCUAACAGCAUCAGUUAAAUCCUCCUGUUUAACAUCUGUGGCCGAAACGUCAAUUUAGCAUUCAUUAUUAAUAUAAUAUAUUUUGUUAUAGACGUCAUAGUCCUAUCUGUUACUUUCUGUUUAUAGUUCUUAAUCAUUUUUUAUCAACUGCACAAUUGUUAUAGUCCUGUUACAAACAAUGGAUGAUAAAAGUUUAGUUUGUGUGAUUUGUGUCUGUUACUUUCUGUUAAUAGUUCUUAAUGUAUCGUCCACUAUAUGUUCAUCAUUACACUUAAAACGGGAUGGAUGUAAACUCAAAAAAUCCUUGUUGAUUUUGUAAACUGUCUGUUAAGAUAUGUAACAUGAAGUAAAAUGCGUCAAACAUAUAUUUUUGUUUCUUCUUUUACACCAAAUUAAAUGUAAUACUUAAAAAAAAAUUUGACUAUCAUAACUUUAUUUCGUUUAGUUAUAUUACAGCAAAUGUUGAUAGUCGUAUUAAUAUUAUAUUAUCUCUCACAACUUUUAUCUCAUUAUUUUAAGCUCGAUAUAGACCAUUAAAAUAUUUGUGGUCACAAAAUUGUUAAUGUAUAUUAUUGGUCAGUCAAAUUAUAUUCUUAUUUUUGAAUCUAUGAUAUUUUGGGGUUUUAGCCUGUGCCAGAUUCGUGCCAGUAAAUAUAUUUAAGUACUAAUAUAAUAAUAUAAACUUUUGAGAUAAAAUGGCUAUGUAAUAUUUAAGUUUAAAUAAUGUGGGUGUAUUUAUUGUACAUUGUAAUUAAUAUAAUUGUUGUAAUUAGCAAUCUGGUUUCCUCCCACUGCUAAAGAACCCUACGCGCAAGCGAAUUAUGUAAAUAAAAUUAAACCAUACGUUAGUCCCGAAAUGACCUAGUUUGUGUCGAGUGGACGUUAAACCCCAUUUCUCUCUCUCUCUCUCUGUAAUUAGCAAGUUUUAAAGCAAUUGAUAAACUAUUAUUAUAGGUGUAUCCCUUUAAGAUAAUUUUUAGCAUAAAAGAUCCCCUAAAAUAGUCUUUUGUCUGCAAAGCAAUUAACAAUGGAGAAAAUAGCCAGUGAACAUAGAAAUUUUAAAUGGAUGUACAUGUAUGUGAAAUUUUGAAAGAUCAAAAUCAGCUACAUGUAGAUUUAGGUGUCUACCAGUCCAGUUAUAAAAUAUGAGGUAUAUCCAUCCAAUUGAUUUGGAUUUGGUUGUAAUAAAUUCCAAGAGUCUCUAUGGGAUUGUUUAUUAGGGUUUAAGGAAGAGAUCUGUAAAUUUCAUAAUUUUUGAAUCACAUAUUUAAAGAUACAAUAUGGGAGAUAUUUAUAGAGAGUUGGCCAUUCUUGCUAUAACAGGUCAAAAGUAGAUGAUGAAAGAAGAAUAUAUUGAAAAAUUCAGUCAAAUUACUUUAUUCUGAACAUAGUUAUCGUCGUUGUAAUAUUUGCCUAGAAAUGGUAGCGAAAUGUGUCUUCACCUUCGCCGAACGUUUGAUUGACAGGCGUUAACUCCACCUACAUAUCUCGAUUAUCAAGUAAAGUUUUCAAUGGCAUACGGAAACGCUUUACAGCGGCCUCGCUAAGUACACUCUAUCAUUUAGCCUCGAUCUAACUGACGUAUUUUCAUCAGAUUACCCUUAUCUGAUUUAAUCAAUUAGUGAAAUCCUAUUUAAAUCCGAGCUGUAACCGAGCCAUCCGUGGGUCUACAGAGUUGAUUUUGGUCUUGUUGUUUAAAUAAAGAUCUUAUUUAUAAUUUCUAUAACAUCUGAAGCCUAAAUUAAGACUUUCAAUAAUCAGAUUUAGCUCUUGCAUAAUGCAUGUUUAAGGCUUACUUUCAAAUUUUUGAAAUCUAACAAACGCGAUAUAAUUUUUGAAACUCUGUGAGGAACCAAUCAAAUUUGCAAAUUUCGCAUUGUAAAUUUCAAACACACUUGUGGAGUUAUCUUUCCAUUCACAUGGAAAUUUUUAAAACUUGGGGACAUUGUUCAUUGGGGCAUAAGAAAGAACUCUAUUGAAUUUCAAAAUUUAAAGAUCAUUUCACUGCUGUAGGAAAUUAGAAAUCCAUGUUUUCAAAAGCUAUAUUUAUUUAAUAAAUAUUAGGGUGUCACAUUGAAUAGACAGAAGAGAUAUUUCGUGGUUUCAUAGAUUGUUUGCUUUUGUACAAUUUAUUAACAAGAUCCAGUUUUAUUUUAUACAUGUAGUUUUGUACUGGUAUUAUAAAGUUUAGUAGAUCAAGGAAUGCCAAUUAAUAUUCAUAGCAUUUAAAAUAUAUUAGUCCAUGACCAAACUACUUCAUUACUCAUGACAUUAAUUUACUAAUUUAAAACAUGAUAUUGAAGGAUACUGACAGAUGAAGUUUUAGUAUAUUACAGAUAAAUUUAUUUAUAUUUAUUAGCUCAGAAAAUGUGAAUAUUAGGUGGAUAUUAAUUAGUUCAUGAAAGAUGAAUAUUUGUCACAUCAUGACACAAAUACUAAUUAAUCCAGGACAGAUGAAUAUAUUAGUUUAUUAUGGUUAAAUUUAUUUAUAUUUAUUAGUUCAUAAAAUGUGAAUAUUAGAUUAAACACAUGGAAAUUUAUUAGUUUAUGACACAUGAAUAUUUGUUACUUCAUGACACAUGAAUAUUUGUUACUUCAUGACACAAAGACUAAUUAAUCGAGGACAGAUGAAUAUACUAGUUGAUAACAGUAGCUAUAUGAAUUCAGAAACUAUAUCUAUUUAAUAAUUACUUAGAAUAUUUAAAUAAUAAAAUUGGCAUUAAUCUCUAUCAAAUCAAAGUUAUUUCAAACUGCCAAGUUUUCUAUACAGUAUAUAAUUUAAAACAUAUAUUUAUAUAGUAGUAGGGUUUAUAGGACAGGUGUAUGCAUUUGUUUUGAUUAUUAGAAUAGUUGUUGAUAUAUAUUUUAUUAAAGAAAUCAUCUAUAUAAAUCUAUAUACAAUAUGUAUUGUAAAUAGUCAAUUAUCUAAUUACUAUUUGAUAUCAUAUACAGUAAAUUCUUAUAAAAAUAUAAAACAAAAAUGACCUGCUAAUCAAUAUCUUCCAGUACUGGUUAAAAUAAUAAGUUUUUUUGAGAAAGUUAUGCUGGAUAAUAUUAAAUAUCACCUUGAAUCAUUGAAACUCACAUUAAUGAUAUGUUGAUCAUAUCCAUAUGGUAACUACAUACCAGUAAAGUGAUUUUACCAAAUGAAAUAUUAAAUGUAUUAUUUUAUGAUAUUUGGAUCAUAUUUUAUAUAUUGUUUUAUUGUCUCGGGUUUACUGCCAUAUUCUAUUAUUUACAUAUGUUAAGAUAAGGACCUUCUUCAAUUUAUUUUUCUAUAAUUAGAGAUAGUAUUGUACAGAUACAUAUAAAUGAUAAUGAUUUAAUAAAAGUUUAUAAAUAAA